GGAAGGGCUGGUUUCUGUGUCGUACAGGUCAGUACUAGGAUGGGAACCUUUUAAGCGUUAUGUGUAAGGUAGAGGGAAUGUUGAUGGAAGAGUACCAGAUUUUCCCGGUUACUAAGGCGCCUGUUGGUUAUGUUAUUGAAAUUGGUGAUGAGUAGUCAACUAAGCUUUCAGUGCAGACUGUUUUAGUGGAUUGGCCUUUUCAAGUUCUGAGUGAGAAAGAUGAAAUAGUCUUAGAAGUUAAAUAAAGGCCUUUGGUUUGGCUGAAUUAAAAAGUAGUAUUUGUUUAACAUAUGAAAGAUAUCUUUAUGUGAUAAAGACUGCUAUACAGGUUUUGUCGGACUGAAAUAAUGCGGAAGCGUGUUUAACAGCAACAGACAUUGUUCGGUGCCCACAGACAUGGACGGAAGGCAAUAUUCUCAUGGUGGUGGUUUGCACCCUCCUGCUGCAUUUACAGUUCCCAGGCAAACCGGGAAGCACACUUUGAUGCCUCCUUCACAUUUUAGAAAUAAACUGCCUACAUCUUCAGUGCCAGGCCUGCCAGGAAUGGACAGUCACCUUGAUGUACCAUUGCUUACCUCAGUGGUGUCUCAUCCCAGAAAGGAAUCCCCUACAGUAGCAUCUGUUACAGUAUUGCCUGAAAGUGACCCUUGGGCUGCUUUUUCCAAGUCAACUAGCAGCCUUGAUGAGUUAAGGCAGGAGAAUGAACAUCUAAAAGAGCUACUAAAGAAAACUGAGAAGGAAGCAUUAAAGGGUAGGACCAGAAAUGUCGUAAUUGAGGCAAGUGCACAAUCCAGAUCCCAUGAUCAUGAAGGUGAAAGUAUAUGUUGUAAGCAUGCCCAAGAGAUUUUCAAGCAGGCUGAAAUAAUUUCCCAACAUAUCCGGGAUAUUCACAGUCUGGAUGCUGAGCUGAAGCUGUUAAAGUCCUCCAACAACCAGCAGGCAUCAGAGAUAAAAGAGCGGGAUGCUACAAUCAUACACCUUCAGGCUAAUGUGCGGGAUCUGCAGGCUGAACUGUGCCAGGUCCGAUUACAGCAUGACCUGGAGGCUGAGAAGUCCCUGCUGCUCCACCAGACUGAGGUAGAAAAGUUGAAAUCUCAGCAGGAAAGUCAGCAAGAAAAACUGCAAAUAAAGUGGCAGAGUGAAGUUAAAAGACUGGAAGCAUGUCUGGUAGAGGAAAGAGAGCAGGCUCGGUCAAGGACUGAGGCACUGAGAGGAGAACUUGUGCAUUUAACAGAAAAAUACAAGGAAGAACUGGCAAAUUUACAGGAGAAACACAAGGCUGCUAUUGAGAAGAUGGACAGGAAUGGUCAGAAGCUCACUUACAGCCUUCAGGAGCAGUUACAGGAAGCAGAGAGGCAGCACCAGCAAGAGGUAUUACAGCUGUCUGAAGCUCACAAGAAAGAAAUAGGUGUUCUGCACCAAGCAGCAGCAAACUUGAGGGAAGAACUGAAGAAAAACCAGGAGAUACGACAUGUGGAGGUGACCUCUCUGAAGGAGGCACUUCACUUAGCUAGUGCGGAGAAAGAGGGUCUUCAAGAGAAACUAAACAAAGUCCUUUCAGAAUUGAAUUCCCAGAAUUCUGUGGUUCAGCAGCUGAGGACAUACAUUGGAGAACUGGUACCAGACGAAAGGCGCACUGCAGAGUGGCAGCGUGAGAAGCAGGAUCUUGCUAAUGCCAUCCAGCACUUGGAAAAGGAGAGAGAAGCCCUUAAAGCAACUGCAGAGUUGCAGCACAUUCGCCUGACAUCACUUCAGGAUAUACUUAACAUUCUGGAGGCAGACCUUGGCAGGAAAGUUCCUCUAGACUUGGCAAGCUGGAAGGGACAGCCUCUCUUGACUCGUUGGAGAGAAAAGGUGUUUGCCCUUAUGGUUCAGCUGAAAUCUGAGGAAAUUAGUAAUAAAAAUGGCCAGAACCAGCUACAGCAUCAGAUGUCCGAGUUGAAGGCUGGUCUUGAAUCAAGUGGUCAACAGCAAGCCAUGCUUCUUCAUAGUCUGCAGGAGAAAACAGCUGCACUGGAAAUGGAGAGAGUUCACAACAGGACCCUCCAAGAGGAAUUGACUACAGCUCAAGAUGUGGCUUUUCAGCUUCAAAGUAGGGCAAACCAGUAUGAAAAUGUACUGCUUCAGCUGAAAGAAGCUGUUAACAGUUUUUACACUAAGUACCUUGAGCAAGAAGCAGAGUUGAAGGCAGCCAUUACUCGUCUGAACAACCUUGGGCAAAGACUUUCCUUUGCAACCAAAAGGAUUGACACAAUUCAAGGGUUACUUGCUCGUAAAGAAGCUCUGAUUAGAUUGCAGCUUCAGGAAAAGAGAGAAGAUUCUGAAAACCUCAUGGACAGAGUGCCAUAUGAGGGGUUACAGUCUGAGCUUCGUCUGCUAAGUGAUGAACGAGACCGGCUGUCUGCAGAGUUAAAACGUAGUUCACAGAUCAUUGAGGAAAAAGUCACUGAAGCCAGGAAGAAGUUUGAAGCUGAAUUGAGGGAUCACCAGGCCACUAUCCAAGUUCUUCAGGACAUUGUGGAGGAAAAAACUUUAGCUGCCCAGCAACUGACACAGCAGGUGAAUGCAGCUGAGCAGCAAAAGAAUGAAGUGAUGCAGGAGAUGAAGGAGCAACUGCAAGAGGCCAGUGAGACCAUUGAGAAUCUGAAGGUGGAUUUGAGCAAGCACCAGGAGAAAUACGAAAAAGCCUUGCAGGAGAAGGUUUCCGAAGUGGAAAUCCGCUUGCACCAGCAGUUGAAAGAGAUGGAAAAAUGUGUACAAAACUCCCGGAGAGAGCACACUAAAGCAGUUGUAGCACUGCGGCAGAUGGAGCGACAGACAACUCGGGAUAAGGAAAGGGCCCAGGAAAUGAGGAAACUGCAGGAGGAAGUACUCCAGCAGGAAAUUCAACACCUUACUAAGCAACUACAGGAGCUGGAAAGGGAUAGAAAUCUUCUAACAGCUACACUGCGUCAAGAAGGCUUAUUGGAUCAGUACAGGAAGAAGAGAACUGCUCCCCUAAAGAACACAGUUGGGUUGUUUGAAGAACCGCAGCUAGUCACACAGUCAUUCAAGCCAAAAGCAGCAGGCCCCAUGUCCAAAGACUUGCUUUCUUCAGUACUAGAAGACCUGCAGGCUCUAAGUACAGCUGUGAACAAAGAAGACAAGUGCUCCACUGAUGAAGAUGAGGAAGAAAAGAGGUAGAAGAAUUUUGGAUGGCUAGUGUGGCUGAUUCAAGGACAGCAGUCUGGUCCAUUUUAAAGCUGAUUUGGAUACUGUUCAGAAAAUAUGGUCAUUGACAGAUAUUGAAAAAUUGCACUGGUCAUGGAUGAUUACCUCAUUUCACGUUUAUCUUGCAAAGGGAGGUGGACGCUUUUUGCACUGGUUAUGAUACAGCAUGAACUUGCUUGGUUUCCUAAUGUAGGAUAAUACUAUGGUUGAAGCAUUUUUAUGGCAUCUUGUUCAGUUAAGACAAACAAACCUCCCAUCUACUUUUGACACCUUUUAGCUGAAAGAAGACUGACAGGUGCACUGAAUGGUCUUGCUAGUUCUGUUUUUGAAAACUGAAGCAACAGUGUAUAUGCUGACAUAUAUAUA